AACCCCCCACCUUUUACCCCCUUUUCAUUUGCACCCUGACGUUGUAAAAUCGCCAAUUUUACCCAAAUUCGCACCUUUCAUUGUCAAUUCCACCCUAACUUAUUUGGGCACGCGUUUUUUGCCACUCUGGCAUACACAUCAGCGUUUUUCUUGCAAUUACCUUAGUACCCUUGCUGAUUAGGACUGGUGGCUACGUCUAACCAUGGUUGGUGUAUUGAUUAUUGCAAAACGUUAGCUACUCACUACUCCUCGAAGAUGAUGCUAGCAGUCCACCAUCUUUCUGCGUGUUGAAGACAGUGAGCAAAUCAUAAUGGUUAAAUCAAAAGGAAAAGAACCAGCAUCGGGGGGAGUCGAUAAGGGAGGAUGGCCGAAAAACUACAGACCACCAUGUGAGGUCUAUGUCAAUGUGGAGUUCAUUCCGGGAGACCCUAUAACAGUCAAUGGAGGAACAGUACUGCAAAAUUACUGGUAUAGAGAUGAAAAUCUGACAUUUGAGGACAUUGCUAAAAGGGUUCGGGAUAUGGGAUAUCCAGAGGUUAGUCGAGUCGGGUACUAUAAGCCGGAAGGGGAUUGGCACACUGUAACGAUGGUGAAGGACGAUGGAGGCAUUAGCCAGCUGUUCGAUGAGGGAUACGCCUUUGGAUUUGUUAAACUGUUCAUUGAGUGCAACUCACAAGAAGAGUUUGAACACUUUGACAGAGACGAGACUGUCACAGAUGCAAUUUUGAAUUAUGAAGCUGAUAUGGAGGCUGAAACAUCUGCUGACUUGGAGGUUGGAAACCAAGAGGGUAAUGGUGAAAUGGAGGCUGACGAAGAAAGGGAUGAAUCUGAUUUCACUUUCAUUUGUAACCCUGAAGAAGACACCGAUGAUGAUAGUGUUAGUGAGGGUGGAACAGAUUUUGACGAGGAGUAUCGUAAUGCAAGGGUUAAGAAGAAAAACUCAAGAAUAUCUGAUUUUGAUAGAAUUAAUGGCUUAGGAUUGGAUGGUAUGUUAGAUGCUCCGGGGGGUGUUUGUAGUCAUAAUGGGAAGUAUUGGGAGGGUGGGGCAUCCGGGAAUUUAGAUGCACACAAGGAUAUACAAGACAAAGAGAGUGACGAUGGCUCUGACUAUGCUGAUACAGAUGACGGUCUUCUCACCCCAUGUAGUAGCGAUGAAGAUGAUCUUGAAAUUAGAAAGAAAAAACGAGCUAGCCGGGUGUACUAUAACCCUGCGUGUGAUCAUGAGAAGUUGGAGUGGGAGAUGGAUAUGAUCUUCAUCAACAAGAUGCAAGUUAAAAACGCUGUUCAGCAAUGGGCAAUCUGUCGGGGGCAUGACGUUACUUGGAGAAAGAGCGAGCGUUUACGAGUUGAAGCACGCUGCAAAGCUGGCUGCCCUUGGAGGUUCUAUGCUAGUCGAAAAAAUUCAUGCACCUCUUUUCAAAUUAUGGGGCUGCAGACACGACACGCCUGUCAAAGAGCAACGAGAAAUAGACAAGCUACAUCAGAUUGGUUAGCGAAAGAGUUCAUCAAGAAAUUUAGGAGAGAGCCUGGAUACUCAGCCCCGUAUAUGCAACUUGACAUCAAGGACAAAUACAAAGGACUUAUUGUGUCUUUGUCAUCGUGUUAUAGAGCUAGGACCACUGCUUUGGAUGUAAUCAGAGGGUCACUUGAGAGUCAUUAUGCCAACUUUAGAGCAUAUGACGCUGAACUGAAAAGGAUUGACAAAGAAGGCUUAUUCCAGUUUUACUUGAUAAAUGACCCAAAAAAUGGAGCUCCAAUCUUUCAGAGAUACUAUGUUGGCUUCUCAGGUUUACGGAAAGGAUUCAAUAAAGGUUGUAGGCCUGUAUUGUGUGUCGAUGGCUGUUUCUUAAAGACUUUGAUUGGCGGUUGCCUUUUAAGUGCUGUUGGACGAGACGGGAACAAUCAAAUGUUCCCCGUGGCAUGGGCAAUAGCGGAGGCGGAAAAUGAAGAAACGUGGACGUGGUUUAUGGAGUUGCUGAUAUCAGAUCUUGGGUUUGGAGAUGGGGUGAAUUUGACUCUAAUUAGCGACCAACAAAAGGGACUUAAAAAUGCCAUAACUAAUGUGGUGCCGUUUGCAGAGCACCGUAAUUGUGCCCGUCACAUUUACGCUAAUUGGAAAAAGAAACACAAGGAUCCUGAAUUGAAGCGAAUUUUUUGGUAUGCUGUAAAUGCGACGAAUCUGCCUGAGUUUGACUCUCACAUGAAGACAAUGAAAAGUGAGAAGCCGGCGGCAUUUGAUGAUUUCAUGGGCCAGGUUCAAAAUGUAUUCUGCAAAGCAUUCAUUAGGCCCCAUGCAAAGUGUGAUGCUAUUACUAGCAAUUUAGUGGAGACUUUCAAUGGUUACAUUGCCAAGGCUAGGCAAUUACAUCCAAUCCACAUGCUCGAGGAGAUUCGAACUUCUUUGAUGGCGAGAAUGUACCAAAAAUCAGAGUUGAUGGAAAAACAUUUUGAAGACAUUUGUCCAAGGAUAAGAGAGAGAAUUGAUCGGAAUCAGAUUUCCACAAGACUUUGUGAUCCAAUACCUGCCAAAGGGGGAGCAUUCCAAGUGAGUUGCGAUAAUGAUCAAUUUAUUGUGUGCCUCAAGACAAAGAGUUGCAGCUGCAGAGCAUGGGAUAUAAGCGGUAUUCCUUGUGCCCAUGCUCUUGCUUGCAUAAACUUCAUGCGUUUCGACGUGUGUGAUUAUGUGGAUGGGUGGUACAAGAAGGAAAAAUACCAAGAAGCUUAUCGAUUCUCCCUUCAACCGAUUAAUGGGAUAAAUAUGUGGCCCAAUGUCGAAGGGUUCGACAUUCUUCCACCUCCAUACAAAAAGCUGCCUGGACGGCCGAAGAAAAACCGAAGGAAAGAUCCCGAUGAGGAGCCUAAAAAGAAUCCGAGAUAUGCAAGAAAGGGGGUUGCAAUGACGUGCCAACAUUGCCUUAAUGAAGGACACAAUAAACGUGCUUGCCCGAACAAAGACCAAGCCCCUGUUGAUAGGCCUGCAAAGCGUGCAAAGGGUAGACCAAGAGGUGCAAAAUGGGUUGACAAAACUCCUACGUCCCAAGCUAGUGGAAGUAACCCUUCAUCUACAAAAAUGAAAAAACAAAGGAGGGAACAAUUACUGCAAAGUAGAAUUACUGCUCAGAGAAAUGCUUCAACACCUGCGCAACGAAAUGAGGUGCAAAGAGAGAUGCAAAGCCAGGUGAUUCAAACUCAUGGGAUCAAAAUUAACACUCGUUCAGGAUUUAUUUACUCACAGCCUGCUACAGCUGAUGGAGUGAGGUAUGUUAGCGGAGCUGUGGCGACAGCUUCUGCAGCCAGAGCAAGUAACAAACCAGCCACAUCCUCUCAGCAAGGAUCGACAGCCACACAGGAACCACGACCACCGAAGUCCGUUGUGUAUAAGUCAACGGCGUCACAAGCUGCAACUCCUAGAAUCGAUAAACUUCCAAUCAUAAAGGGAAAGAAGAAAGCUUAGGAGUCAUGAAGAGGGAGUUUUUUUGGUACAUUUUGGAUAUACAAAUCAGUGUACGUCAUUGUGUAUAGCAUAGGUGAAGUAAAAACCUUGCUUUUUUGGAAGUUGGUUGAUGUAAAGUUUUUGGGUAUAGAUGUCAGAGUACAUCAUAUAUAGCAUAGGUAAACUGAAAACCUUGCUUUUUUGAGCUUUAGUAUGAUACAAAGCUUUGGGUAUAGCAUAGGUGAUAAACCUUGCAUUUUUGAGCUUUUGUUGGAUGAAAAGCUAUAGGUAUAGCAAAGGUGUUUGUACAAAAACCUUGCUUAUAUUAUUUGCCUCUUUUGAAUGUCAUUUUCGUGUAUU